CAGCCACCAUAGCCACAGCCAUAGAGACAGUGAGGCCGAGAGCGAGAGCGAGAGAGCGCGCGCGCACGCCACCGUGCUCCAUUGGCCACCGCGUUGCCAUCGCCACGCAUUAAACUACUCCUCUCCCUGCCGCGCGCUAGCUCCAUCCACCCCUCCUCCUCCUCUUCUUCCUCCUCGGUGAUCCAUCCAUCACACGGCUGAUCGAUCGGUCGAGUUGGCGGCCAUGGACGGGGAGGAGGACAGCGAGUGGAUGAUGGACCUGGUGGUCGGGGGUGGCAAGGGCGGCGGGAAGGGCGGCGGGGCGGACAGGAAGAAGCGGUUCAGCGAGGAGCAGAUCAAGUCGCUGGAGUCCAUGUUCGCGACGCAGACCAAGCUGGAGCCGAGGCAGAAGCUGCAGCUGGCCAGGGAGCUCGGCCUCCAGCCCCGGCAGGUCGCCAUCUGGUUCCAGAACAAGCGCGCCCGCUGGAAGUCCAAGCAGCUCGAGCGCGAGUACUCCGCCCUCCGCGACGAUUACGACGCCCUCCUCUCCAGCUACGAGUCGCUCAAGAAGGAGAAGCACGCGCUCAUCAAGCAGCUGGAGAAGCUGGCGGAGAUGCUGCACGAGCCGCCGGGGAAGUACGGCGAUAAUGCCGGCGCCGGCGCAGGGGACGGCGCGCGCUCCGGCGGCAUGAAGGAGGAGUUCGUCGACGCGCGCGCCACGCUCUACUCGUCGACGGAGGGUGGCGGGACGGCGCCCAAGCUGGUCUCCCACUUCGGCAGCGACGACGUCGACGCCGGCCUCUUCCUCCGGCCGUCCUCGCAGCACACGCCGCACUCCGCCGCCGCCGCCGCCGGCGGCUUCACGUCCUCCGACCCGGCCGACCACCACUCCUUCAACUUCCACUCGACCUGGCCGUCGUCCACGGAGCAGACCUGCAGCAGCUCGCAAUGGUGGGAGUUCGAGAGCGAGUGAGCCACACCCACACACAACUCAAGUAGCUACGCCCCCACCAUGGAUGAUCCACCAUGGCCACGGAUCACACAGAAUUUCGCCGCGGGAACGACUCAAAACCAAACCAAACCACUGGGAUCACACCAAAACACAGGAGAAAGAAUGAGACGAUCAACACCCAAACCAACAGUGAUGUGUACAUAGCUUUCUGUAGAUCAAAGCCCCAGGCAGUUUCUUCUCCAUCCAUCGAUCAAAAAAUUCUCUCUUUUUCCCCCCCUCCUAGUCUUCUUCUUACUAGACUCGAUGUUGUUAUCACAGCACCACAUCAUGUAAUCCAGCAACACGCCGCGAGAUGAUUAAAAGGUUAAGAAAAAAAAAGGCUUAUAGAGUUCGUUCA